AUGGGGGGCCAGCGGAUCGGUAUGCAGGGUAUGGUGGUGCUGGGUAUGGCGGUGGUUAUGAUGCUGGCUAUGGCGAUAGCUAUGGAAGCGGGCGUGGAGGUUCUGUUUAUGGACACAGAGGAGGAUAUGGCGCCGGUGGUGGUGGUGGUGGUGGUGGGAGUGGAAGGUACCAUCCCUAUGGGAGGUAGUGUCCUCGGCUACAGCGUCAAGCCCUCCGACAUGGCCGACAUCGCGCAAAAGAUCGAGCACCUGGAGCAGGUCAUGUGCAGCGUUGAAAACGACGGCCUCUCUCAGCUCGCCUCCGACACCACUCACUACAACCCCUCCGAUCUCUCCUCCUGGCUCGAAUCCAUGAUUUCCGGCCUCAAUCCUACUCCGGAUUUUGAUUCCGCCGUUAAUAGAAUGGUUGUGGACUCUGAUUUCGGGUCGGAUCUCACUGCCAUAGCGGGAAAAACGGUCUACCCUAGCCCUAGGGCGAAACCCCCAUCUCCGGCCAAGAAAUUGAAGCUUUCGCCGCAGGAGACUGAGUCGAGCGAGUCGAUUGUGAUGGUUGACUCGCAUGAGAACAGAAUCAGGCUUGUUCACUCGCUGAUGGCGUGCGCGGAGGUUGUGCAGAAGGAGGAUUUCAAAUUGGCGGAAGCGCUGGUGAAGAACAUCGGUUUUCUAGCUGUGUCGCAAGCGGGUGCGAUGCGGAAGGUCGCGACCUAUUUCGCUGAAGCUUUGGCGAGGCGAAUUUACAGAUUGUAUCCGGCGAAUCCGGACUCCGCCUUCACCGAUCUGCUCCAGAUUCAUUUCUACGAGACGUGCCCCUGUCUGAAAUUCGCGCAUUUCACUGUGAAUCAAGCGAUUUUGGAAUCCUUCGCCGGUAGAGAUUUAGUCCACGUUGUUGAUUUCAGUAUGAAGCAGGGGAUGCAGUGGCCGCCGUUGCUCCAAGCGUUGGCGCCGAGGCUGGGGGGACCUCCGAUAUUCCGGUUGACGGCGGUGGGGCCGCCGUCAACCGAUAACACCGAUCAAUUGAAGGAAAUCGGAUGGAAAUUAGCUGGUAUCUCCCAAAUCGGACGAAGUGUUCGAAGCUCGAGUUUUGGAGCAAGUACAGAAAGAAAUUUUUCCGAUGAAUCCAUGUCAACUUUCAGGACUGCCACAUAG